AGGGCCGGAGGGGCCCUGCCUCGGCGCCCGCCAUGGCGAACCCCCGCCGGGGGGAGCAGAAGCGCUUCCGCCUCGCUGCGGAUCGGGACGGCAGAGCAGCCGCAUCCCGGCGGGGUGAUGGUGGUCGAGAGCGGAAGGGAGGGCGAUCCGCGGGCUUCUCCCAGUGUGCAGCGGGGGCACCGGUGUGGGUUGCCAUGGUGCGGUGAGGGCCCGCAGCCAUGGCGCUGCCCGCGCCUCUCCCCGCCCGCCUCUUCGCCGAGCUCGUCCCGGCACAGACACAGACCCCGACCCCGACCGGCGUCCCCCCGGCGCCUCCAGGGAGGGAGAUGCACGUCAGUGGCAGCGCGGAGCUGAGCGCCGGGCCGGACCGAGCAAGAGUGUCUCUGCGGCUGGGCAGCCGAAAGGAGGAGGCCGGGGCGGCGCGGAGCAGCGUUGCUCGGCGGCUGGAGUACAUCGCCCAGACGGCCCGGCAGCGCGGCGUCCCGGAAGAAAAUAUGACUAUAACAGAGGAUUUUAGUAGAGUAGAAAAUACUUAUCAAAUGGAAGCAGAGGUCUGUAUUAUAUUCAGCGAUUUUGGAAAAAUGCAGAAUGUUUGCAAUCUACUCAUUGAAAAGUUGGGAACCUCUAUUACCAUCAGUCCACCUCAUUUCUACCAUACACCAGGAGCCAUAGACACCCUUCGCCGCCAGGUGUGCGUUGCAGCUGUUGGAAACACCCGUCAGAAAGCUCAGGAAGUCUGUCGACUGUUUGGCCAGACAUUGGGAAAACCUUUAUUAAUACGAGAAGAAGAAACAAAAGAAUGGGGCGGCCACAUAGACAGACCUGUAUCCAACUCCCCAGAUUCACUGACUCUGCAAGAAAGAAUCCAGAAUGCUACUGCUUAUGCUUCAUGUAGAGUGUUUGCUGUGUUUGAGAUAAAGGGAAAAGAAAAGAGAAGAAACAAGUUGCUCUAGAAACUUUCAAAUCCUACACAUUUUCUUAAUAAAAUUUUUACACUUUCAUGA